GUAGUAUAUUUUUUAAGAUUGAUACAUGUGGAUAUAAAUUUUCUGUAUGUAUAUUUAUCAUUAUAUUUGGACAGUUAUGUAUUUUUGUUGUGAUAGUUUCACAGUUGUCUUCCUAUGAUACCCUUCAGUGUUCAGAAAGUGGACUAAUCCAACCUUUGCUCAGCAUCAAGGUUCUAAAUUUAGCCCAUCAGUGUUCUUGUUAAGGGUUUGCUGGUCUAGAUUUCUGCAGUUACCAAGGCUAGAACAGCUGAUCUUGUUGUGACUCUGUGGGACAGUUCAUAAGGUGUGGCAUUGUGACGAACAUUUGUGAGGUAAGGUGGUCUGUGGAUUAGUAACUUGUUCGAUAUCAAAGUUCCAACAAAAUCCUCGGAGAGCUUACAUGAAGGGAUGGCUGAGCUGCUAUCGGUACAUAUACAUGUGCCGAUAACAAAAGUGUCUGUCAACCAUAAGGAUGCAAGGAAAGACGGUUUAACUCGGGAUAACCAGCUGACCAAUGGACACGUCUCCAACAAACUCCCAACAGCCAAUGGAAGGUCAGGAAGCGAUCCUCUGCUGGCCCCAAGCCGAUUUUCACAUGUGUCAAAGCGCAAGGCUGUGGACAUUGAGUUCAAGGAUAUGGUGUAUCAGGUGAAAAAUGGCAAAGACUCAAAGACGAUAUUAAAAUGCAUCUCAGGAAAGUUCUGUUCAGGUCAACUGUCAGCUAUCAUGGGUCCAUCAGGUGCGGGCAAGUCCUCCUUGAUGAACAUUUUGGCAGGUUACAGAACAAAAAACAUAUCUGGUCAAAUUCUGGUGAAGGGACGUCAGCGAAACUUGAGCCUGUUCAGGAAGAUGUCAUGUUAUAUCAUGCAGGAUGACCACCUCCUACCUCACCUCACAGUGGAAGAGUCCAUGAUGUGCUCUGCAAACCUAAAACUGGAUGAGUCCAUGACCAUCACAGAGAAGAAGCAGCUGGUGGAUGAGAUUCUAGACACACUGAGUCUGAAUGAGACAAAGAAAACCCGGACAAACUGUCUUUCGGGAGGACAGAGGAAGCGACUGUCAAUUGCUCUAGAGCUUGUUAAUAAUCCACCUAUCAUGUUCUUUGAUGAGCCAACCAGUGGGUUGGAUAGUGCAUCUAGCUUUCAGUGUGUUAGCCUGUUGAAGUCGCUGGCCAGAGGUGGACGGACUAUUAUCUGUACUAUACACCAGCCUAGCGCUAAGCUCUUUGAAAUGUUUGACCAGCUGUACAUGUUGUCAGAUGGCCAGUGUAUCUACAGAGGCACUAUACCCACCCUCUUACCUUACUUCAAGGACCAUGGACUGGUGUGUCCUAACUACCAUAACCCUGCAGACUUUGUGAUGGAGGUAGCAGUGGGGGAGUAUGGAGAAGACAAGCAUUUGAAGCUGGUGAUGGCCGUGAAGAAUAACAGGUGUGAGGUGCUCCAGCAGGAGUACACAGAGCAGCAGGAGCUACUGAACGCCAAACUGCUGAUGAAUGGGCACAGUAAUGGACUCAAGCCCACUGCUGAGAAAGUGGCCACAACCAAUGAGAACAGUACGGAGGCGGAUGCUCUGGUCACCAAUGGCAACUGUAACGGGCACUGCAAUGGCACUAAUGGACAUAUCCCUGCCAAGGCGUCUUUCAUGAAACAGAAUGGAGGAGUGUGUUGUACCACACCCAACAAGCCAGACGACUACAUGAACGAGUAUGAUUGCCACACCUUUGCCACCAGCUACCUGACACAGUUCAGAGUACUCUUCAUACGGACUUUCAUGUCAAUCAUGAGAGAUACAACACUGACGAGACUGCGCCUGAUUUCUCACUUGAGUGUGGGGAUAUUGAUUGGCCUGUUGUACCUGGGAAUAGGCAAUGAGGCCAGUAAGGCGUUCAACAAUGCUGGCUGUCUCUUCUUCUGUAUGUUGUUCCUGAUGUUCACAGCGCUCAUGCCCACAGUCCUUACAUUCCCAAUGGAGAUGGCAGUGUUUGUUAGAGAGCACCUCAACUACUGGUACAGUCUUAAGGCUUACUAUAUGGCCAAAACCAUGGCUGAUAUGCCUUUCCAGAUUAUAUUCCCCCUGGUGUAUGGCAGCAUAGUGUACUGGAUGACCUCACAGCCAAAUGACUUUGUCCGAUUUGUGAUGUUCCUAACCCUGGCAACACAGACCUCCCUGGUAGCUCAGUCCUUGGGGCUCCUUAUAGGGGCAGCCACUUCCCUACAGGUGGCUGUAUUUUUGGGACCCGUCACUGCCAUACCCAUCCUGCUGUUCAGCGGCUUCUUUGUAAACUUUGACACCAUCCCUCCUUACCUACAGUGGCUCUCCUAUAUUUCCUACAUCAGAUAUUCCUUUGAGGGAGUACUGCAGGCAAUCUAUGGAUUUGAGCGAGGAGCCCUGGAAUGCGAGAACAACAACUGUGUCUUUAACAAAGCGACAGACGUGCUUCGUGAGAUGGACGUAGAGGGAGCCCGGUUCUACAUAGACUUCAUAGUGCUCUGUGUUUUCUUUGUGAUUCUGCGUGUUAGCUGCUACCUUGUUCUGAGGUGGCGCGUCAAGUCACAGCGAUGAUCUCCCCUGGUAGCAGUUCUCUCCCCUUGUGAUAUUUGCUACAGGGACAAGCAUCCCAGCUUGGAAGGACAUAUACAACAUCGUGUUCAGCUUGUGCACUACAUUGUGUAUCUUACCAGACACAACUUACAACUAACAGCUUUCCCGCAAUGUUCAGUACAGCUUACUUCGGAUUGAUCUUGAUUCAAGAAUUUCUACCUCGUGGGUGUGUUGCAUGUAACACAGCAACAGGUUUGCGUAGCCAUGUCCUCUACUCUGUGUGAACUAGAUUAUCUGGUAUGUCUUUCAUUUUCAUAAUUUUGUAAGACAUAAUACAUGUAGUAGUAUUUAUAUUUCCCUGAUAUAAUACGGAGUCUAUUUGAUUCGGUAGACCUCUUUAUGGCACCAUGUUUAGAGUGAAAACUGUUGUGUACAGUAUCAGUUAUUUUGUGUAAACUUUAAUUAGAUCAGCUCAUAAAUGCCUGACUUGCCAAGCAUUUACAUGUAUUAUACUUUCUGAUCUAUUACAUUGAUGAAGGUCUUCAAUGUUUAGAGGGUACAAAAAGGUCAUAUGAUAUCUGCUCACAUGGGUGGGUUGGGUAUUCACGUACACAAUUUCAUAACCAGAAUUGUGCAUGUUGCUUCAGCGUGUGUAAGGUACAUGUAGAGCGGUUGAUAAUGAUAACAUAUUGUUGUUUAUUCCACGCACAUGAUUGUCAGGAAGUUAACCUUAGCGAUGUUUUCAUGUCUGUAAACAUUGUAGGUCAGACUCCCUUCCUGUAGGGUCAGUAAAGUUUAGUGUGCAGGCAUGCCAGUUAGAUGUAUCAAGUAUUUUGUAUAAGUGGUAGUCAUUGUACUUUUGAAUAACAUAUACUUUAUAACAGUCUUGAUUUCAUUGCACAUUCAUCUCAAUUAUCAACAGUUUUGUAGAUUUAAUUUUAAGCACAACCAAUGCAAAUUAAUGUGUUUUUUGAAAAAUCACAUCACAGUUUAAAGGCUUGUGGUUGAAAUAUCGGUAUUUGAUCUGUACUGGAUCAAAGAAUUGGAAGAAAAGUCUGCAGGCUUGCUCAAACAGUCUUUGUACAGAUUCUGUUGGUGUGGGUUCUUUGCUGGACACCAGGGGAUUGCAAAUGUUGCUGUGUUUUGGAUGGAUAAGUGUACAGUAUAUUUAUAAAGUGGAGAAGAUUGGAAAUUGUGAAACUGUGAUAAGGGAUUUGCCUGAGAUGAUUCUCAGUUGACAGCUUGUACCAAAUUGAAAGUUGAAACAGGAAAAUGCAUUGCUUUGUGCCAUGUGUAUAAAGAUGAACACUAGGCUAUACAUUCUCUUGUCGUUUUAUUAUGAAGAAUUUGAAAAGUAAGUUAAGUGCGCUGUAAGCAUAUAUCCCUGAGGCUGGGCUGUGGUCUGUGGUUGGAAAAAUGUCCAGUAUCAGAAAUGUGAUGGAGUUACGAGUAAUUGUCUGCUUUAUUGUGCUGACCGUGUGUAUCAAUAAGAGACAGGAUUGGCAGGUUAUUACCUGGAGAUUUGUAGACUCUCUUUCUCCUUCUCCUUUGGAAACUAAUGGAAGUGCCAUGUUAUAACCAGCUGUGAUAAGAUAAACAAGGACUGCUGGUUAAAGGAUGGCUGGUGAAUGCAGCCCUAUCCACUUCCAUGGCUCUCGGUCAAUUGAGAGAUGUUACAGUUUGUGGGCACAUACAUUGUUUAUGUAUUUUAUGAGAAAAGUUUUGUAUCAAUGGAAGAUGAUCUGAUUGGAGAAAAGAUUGUAAGAAACGGUACUUUAAGAUUUUUUUUAAAUGUUGAAUUUAACAUGCUUGUUGUGACCUUGAACAAUAUAAGAUUUAAGUUAAGAAUUGAUAAGUCCUUGUUGAUUGUACCAUAUAAAUACAAUUAAUGUACAUGUAAUAUUGAAGAUAUAAUUGUGUCUUUUGACAUUGUCUCUGAAAUUUGUACAGGGUAGGAGUUAGGACCUAGGUAGGUGUUAGACCUUCCAUUGUGUGCUGCAUACAGAUUUAAGGGAAGCAACUUUAAAUGACACAUGAAGAAUGUUAAUGAUUAGAUAAUAUAUCUAAAAUGUUGUUUGAAUUGCACUUGUACUCUGAGUGUAAAAUUGUGUUGGGUAAAAUAGGUGUACAUCUAGGAUAUCAAUGUGCUUGUAAGUAUGUUCUACAUACACAUACACUUUGCUCCAAUAAGUCAUGUAGCAGCUAGGAAUCAUUAUUUGGC